AUGCUUCUGCCCUCCUCUAUAAUUCCCUCUCUUAAUUUUAUCUUCUUUCCUAUCUUUUUUUCAUUUCUUCACGCCCUCCCUAUAACUCCCCCCUCUCUUAAUUUGUCUUCUUUCCAGAUAUUUUCAUUUCUUCAUCCUCCCUCGAUAACUCCUCUCAUAAUUUUAUCUUCUUCCAGAUCUUUUCAUUUCUUGACGCCCUCCCUCUAUAACUCCAUCUUUUCAUUUCUUUCACCUCCCUCGAUAACUCCCUCUCUUAAUUUGUCCAGAUCUUCUUUCCAGAUAUUUUUUCAUUUCUUCACGCCCUCCUCUAUAACUCCCCCUCUUAAUUUGUAUCUUCUUUUCCAGAUCUUUCAUUUCUUCACGCCCUCCCCCUCGAUAACUCCCUCUCAUAAUUUAUCUUUUCAUUUCUUCACACCCUCCCUCGAUAACUCCUCUCAUAAUUUGUAUCUUCUUUCCAGAUCUUUUCAUUUCUUCACGCCCUCCCUCUAUAACUCCCCUCUUUGUAUCUUCUUUUCCAGAUCUUUUAUUUCUUCACGCCUUUCCAGAUCCUCUUUCAUUUGUAUCUUUUCUUCUUUUCAUUUCACACCUCCCUCGAUAACUCCCUCUCUUAAUUUUAUCUUUUUUCAUUUCUUCACGCCCUCCUCUAUAACUCCCUCUCUUAAUUUGUAUCUUCUUUCCAGAUCUUUUCAUUUCUUCACGCCCUCCUCGAUAACUCCCUCUCUUAAUUUGUAUCUUCUUUCCAGAUCUUUUCAUUUCUUCACCCCCUCCUCUAACUCCUCUCUAUUUUGUAUCUUCUUUCCAGAUCUUUUCAUUUUCUUCACGCCCUCCCUUGAUAACUCCCUCUUAAUUUUUAUCUUCAUGCUUUCCAGAUCUUUUCAUUUCUUCACGCAUUUUCUUCACACCCCCUCGAUAACUCCCUCUCAUAAUUUAUCUUUUCAUUUCUUCACGCCUCCCUCUAUAACUCCCUCUCUUAAUUUGUAUCUUUCUUUCCAGAACUCCCUUUCCUAUAACUCCUCUCUUAAUUUGUAUUUUCUUUCCAGAUAUUUCAUUUCUUCCACGCCCUCCCUCGAUAACUCCCUCUUAAUUUUGUAUCUUCUUUCCAGAUUUUCAUUUCUUCACACCUCCUCGAUAACUCCCUCUCUUAAUUUAUCUUUCAUUUCUUCACGCCCUCCCUCGAUAACUCCCUCUCAUAUUUGUAUCUUCUUUCCAGAUCUUUUCAUUUCUUCCACCUCCCCCUCCUCGAUAACUCUUCUUAAUUUAUCUUUUCAUUUCUUCCGCCCUCCCUCGAUAACUCCCUCUCUUAAUUUGUAUCUUCUUUCCAGACUUUUUCAUUUCUUCACGCCCUCCUCGAUAACUCCCUCUCAUAAUUUUAUCUUUUUCAUUUCUUCACGCCCUCCCAUUUUUAUAACUCCCUCUCUUAAUUUGUAUCUUCUUUCCAGAACUUUUCAUUUCUUCACGCCCUCCCUCGAUAACUCCUUAAUUUAUCUUUUCAUUUCUUCACACCUCCUCGAUAACUCCUUUCUUAAUUUGUAUCUACUUUCCAUCUUUCAUUUUUUCUUCACACUCCCCUCCUCGAUAACUAACUCCUCUCUUAAUUUAUCUUUUCAUUUCUUCACGCCUCCCUCGAUAACUCCUCUCUUAAUUUAUCUUUUUCAUUUCUUCACACCCCUCCUCGAUAACUCCCCUCUCUUAAUUUUCCCUCUCUUAAUUUGUAUCUUCUUUCAGAUCUUUUCAUUUCUAUGCUCCUCUCUAAUUUUUCUUCUUUCCUCCCUCCUCGAUAACCCUCUCAUAAUUUUGUCUUCUUUCCAGAUCUUUUCAUUUUCUUCCGCCCUCCCUCUGAUAACUCCUCUCAUAAUUUGUAUCUUCUUUCCAGAACUUUUCAUUUCUUCACCCUCCUCUGUAACUCCUCCCUCUCUUCUUUUCCAAUCUUUUUUCUUCCACCCUCCUUCUUUCCAUUUAUCUUUUCGUUUCUUCCGCCCUCCCUCGAUAACUCCCUCUCAUAAUUUGUAUCUUCUUUCCAGAUCUUUUCAUUUCUUCACGCCCUCCUCUAUAACUCCCCUCUCUUAUUUGUGUCUUCUUCCAGAUCUUUCUAUCUUUUUUCAUUUCUUUCACGCCUCCUCUAUAACUCCCUCUCUUAAUUUAUCUUUCAUUUCUUCACGCCCUCCCUUUAUAACUCCCUCCUUAAUUUGUAUCUUCUUUCCAGAACUUUUCAUUUCUUCACGCUCCCUCCUUAAUUUGUAUCCUCCGAUCUUUUCAACUCCACCUCCCUCUAACUCCCUCUCUUAUCUUCUUUAUCUUUUAUUUCUUCUUCUUUCCAGGGUUUUUUCAUUUCUUCACGCCCCUCCCUCGAUAACUCCCUCUCAUAAUUUGUAUCUUCUUUCCAGAUCUUUUCAUUUCUUCUUACCCUCCCUCUAUAACUCCCUCUUAAUUUAUCUUUUCAUUUCUUCACGCCCUCCCUCGAUAACUCCCUCUCUUAAUUUAUCUUUUUUCAUUUCUUCACACCCUCCCUCUAUAACUCCCUCUCAUAAUUUGUAUCUUCUUUUCCAGAUAUUUUUCAUUUCUUCACGCCCUCCUUCGAUAACUCCCUCUCCAAUUUAUCUUUUCACACCUCCCUCGAUAACUCCCUCUCUUAAUUUGUAUCUUCUUUCCAGAUCUUUUCAUUUCUUCACGCCCUCCCUCUAUAACUCCCUCUCUUAUUUUGUCUUCUUUCUUUUCAUUUCUACCUUUUCAUAUUCUUCAUUUGUAUCUUCCUCCCUCUUUCUUUUCCCCUCUCUCUCUUUGUGUAUCUUCUUUCCAGAUAUUUCAUUUUCUUCGCCUCCCUCAAUAACCCCCUCUCAUAUCUUCUUUGUAUUUUCCAUACUUUUCCAGGACUCCCUUUUUCAUUUCUUUUCCACACUUCCACCCUCCUCGAUAACUCCCUCUCUUAAUUUGUAUCUUCUUUCUUUCCAGAUCUUUUCAUUUUCUUCACACCUCCUCGAUAACUCCCUCCAUAUUUUGUAUCUUCUUUUCCAGAUCUUUUCAUUUCUUCGCCCUCCCUCGAUAACUCCCUCUCUUAAUUUGUAUCUUCUUUCAGAUCUUUUCAUUUCUUCACACCCUCCCUCUAUAACUCCUCUCUUAAUUUAUCUUUUCAUUUCUUCCGCCCUCCUCUAUAUCCCCUCUGUGUAUGUCUUCUUUCCAAUUUUUCAUUUCUUCACGCACUCCCUUCUUUCUCAUAAUUUUUCUUCAUUUUUCCAUGCUUCACGCCCUCCCUUUAUAACUCCCUCUCUUAAUUUGUAUCUUCUUUCCAGAUAUUUCAUUUCUUCACGCCCUCCCUCAUUAACUCCUCUCUUAAUUUGUAUCUUUACUUUCCAGAUCUUUUCAUUUCUUCACGCCCUCCUCUAUAACUCCCUCUCUAAUUUAUCUUUUUCAUUUCUUCCACCCUCCUCGAUAACUCCCCUCUUAAUUUGCAUCUUCUUUCCAGAUCUUUCUUCCACAACUCCUCAUUUUCUUCCCUCUCAUAAUUUAUCUUUUCAUUUCUUCACACCCUCCCUCGAUAACUCCCUCUCUUAUUUGUAUCUUCUUUCCAGAUCUUUUUUUCCUUUUCCCUCCUCUCACACCCUCUCUCUUGUUAUCUUUUUUCUUCUUCCCCCCUCCUCUAUAACCUCCUCUAAUAUUUUAUCUUCUUCCAGAUCUUUUUCAUUUCUUCACGCCCCUCCCUCGAUAACUCCCUCUCAAUUUGUAUCUUCUUUUCCAGAACUUUCAUCCAUGCUUCACGCCUCCUCUAUAACUCCUCUCAUAAUUUAUCUUUUCAUUUCUUCACGCCCCUCCUCUGAUAACUCCCCUCUCAUAAUUUGCAUCUUCUUUCCAGAUCUUUCAUUUCUUUCACGCCCUCCCUCGACAACUCCCUCUCUUAAUUUUCCCUCUCAUAAUUUGUAUCUUCUUUCCAGAUCUUUUCAUUUCUUCACGCCCUCCUCUAUAACUCCCUCUCCUAAUGUUUCUCCUCUCAUAAUUUUUCUUCACUUUCCUCCCUCGAUAACUCCCUCCUCUUUCACUUGUAUGCUUUCCGAAUCUUUUUUCAUUUCUUCACACCCUCCCUCUAUAACUCCCUCUCUUAAUUUGUAUCUUCUUUCAGAUCUUUUUCAUUUUUUCACGCCCUCCUCGAUAAAUCUUUUCAUUUCUUCACGCCCUCCCUCUAUAACUCCCCUCUCUAAUUUUGUAUCUUCUUUUCCAGAUCUUUUCAUUUUUCAUCCUCCUCGAUACAACUCCCUCUCUUCAUUUGUAUCUUUCUUUCCAGAUCUUUUUCAUUUCUUCACGCUCCUCAAUCUUUUUUCAUUUUCUUCACACCCUCCCUCGAUAACUCCCUCUCUUAAUUUGUAUCUUCUUUCCAGAUCUUUUCAUUUCUUCACGCCUCCCUCGAUAAGUCCCUCUCUUAAUUUGUAUCUUCUUUCCAGAUCUUUUCAUUUCUUCACGCCCUCCCUCUAUAACUUUCCCUCUCAUAAUUUGUAUCUUCUUUCCAGAACUUUUCCAUAUCUUUUCAUUUCUUCACACCUCGAUAAUUCCCUCGAUAACUCCCCUCUCUCUCAUAAUUUGUAUCUUCUUUCCAGAUCUUUUCAUUUCUUCACGCCCUCCCUCGAUAACUCCCUCUUUAAUUUGUAUCUUCUUUCCAGAUUUUUUCAUUUCUUCACGCCCUCCUCGAUAACUCCUCUCUUAAUUUGUAUCUUCUUUCCAGAUCUUUUCAUUCUUCCGCCUCCCUCUAUAACUCCUCUCUUAAUUUAUCUUUUCAUUUCUUCACGCCCUCCCUCGAUAACUCCCUCUCUUAAUUUUAUCUUUUUUUCAUUUCUUUCACCCUCCCUCUAUAAUCCCUCUCUUAAUAUCUUUUCAUUUCUUUCCUCCUCGAUAACUCCCUCUCAUAAUUUUAUCUUCUUUCCAGAACUUUUCAUAUCUCACACCCUCCCUUCGAUAACUCCCUCUCAUAAUUUAUCUUCUUUUCCAGAUCUUUUUUCACAGAACUCCUCUCUUAAUUUUGUAUCUCCUUUUCUUCACACCUCCCUCGAUAACCCCUCUCACCUUUAUCUUUUUCAUUUCUUCUUCCGCCCUCCCUCUAUAAGUCCCUCUCUUAAUUUAUCUUUUUUCUUCACGCCCUCCUUUAUAACUCCCUCUCAUAAUUUGUAUCUUCUUUCCAAAUCUUUUCAUUUCUUCACCCUCCUUUAUAAACUCCCUCUCUUAAUUUAUCUUUUCAUUUCUUCCACACCUCCCUUUAUAACUCCCUCUCUUGUUAACUUUUCAUUUCUUCCGCCCUCCUCGAUAACUCCCUCUCUUAAUUUGCUUAUCUUCUUUCCAGAUCUUUUCAUUUCUUCACGCCCUCCUUUAACUCCCUCCUUGUUUAUCUUCUUUCCAGAUCUUUCAUUUCUUCGCCUCUUAACUUUCUCAUUUGUAUCUUUUCAUCUUUUCAUUUCUUCACCUCCCUCUAUAACUCCCUCUCUUAAUUUGUAUCUUCUUUUCCUGUUUCUUAACGCCCUCCUCAUUUCUCUCAUCUUUUCAUUUCUUCACUCCCCUCCUCAUAACUCCUCUCAUUUUUUGCCCUAUCUUCUUUCCAGAUUUGUAUCUUUCAUUUCUUCACGCCCUCCCUCGAUAACUCCCUCUCUUAAUUUGUAUCUUCUUUUCCAGAUCUUUUCAUUUCUUCACCCUCCCUCAAUAACUCCCUCUCUUAAUUUAUCUUUUCAUUUCUUCACGCCCUCCCUCUAUAAUUCCUCUCUCUUAAUUUGUAUCUUCUUUCCAGAUCUUUUCAUUUCUUCACGCCCUCCCUCUAUAACUCCCUCUCAUAAGUUUUAUCUUCUUUCCAGAUCUUUUUCAUUUCUUCGCAAUCCUCCCUCUAUAACUCCUCUCUUAAUUUAUCUCUUUCUUUUCCUCUAUAACUCCUCUCUCCAUUUGUAUCUUUUUCCAUCUUUUCAUUUCACGCCCUCCUCUAUAACUCCUCUCAUAAUUUAUCUUCUUUCCAGAUCUUUUCAUUUCUUCACGCCCUCCCAGAUAACUCCUCUUUUAAUUUUUAUCUUCUUUCCAGAUCUUUUCAUUUCUCACACCCUCCCUAUAACUCCCUCUCUUAAUUUGUAUCUUCUUUCCAGAUCUUUCCAUGUCUUUCUUUCCAGAUCUUUUUCAUUUUCUUCACACCCUCCCUCGAUAACUCCCUCUCUUAAUUUUGUAUCUUCUUUCCAAUCUUUUUCAUUUCUUCGCCUCCUCGAUAAGUCCCUCUCAUAUUUUGUAUCUUCUUUACAGAUCUUUUCAUUUCUUCACACCUCCCUCGAUAACUCCCUCUCAUUUAUCUUUUCAUUUUUUCACGCCCUCCUCGAUAACUCCCUCUCUUAUUUGUAUCUUCUUUCCAGAUCUUUUUCAUUUUUAUCUUUUCAUUUCUUUUCGUGCUCCCUUCUCUUAUUUUCCUCUAUAACUCCCUCUCUGAAUUUGUAUCUCUUUCCAGAUCUUUUCAUUUCUUACACCUCCCUCUAUAACUCCCUCUCUGGUGUAUCUUCUUUUCCAGAUCUUUUCAUUUCUUACGCCCUCCUCUAUAACUCCCUCUCUAAAUUUGUAUCUUCUUUCCAGAACUUUUAUCUUUUCAUUUCUUCACGCCCUCCCUCUAUAACUCCCUCUCAUAAUUUGUAUCUUCUUUUCCAGAUCUUUCAUUUCUUCACGCCCUCCUCGAUAACUCCCUCUCUUAGUUGUAUCUUCUUUCCAGAUCUUUUCAUUUCUUCACGCCUCUCCCUAACUCCCUCUAUAUGUGUAUCUUCCCAGAUCUUUUCAUUUCUUCACCUCCCUCUUCCCUUCUUAAUUUGUGAUCUUUUGGAAUUUUCAUUUUCUUCCGCCCUCCUCUAUAACUCCUCUCUUAAUUUUUCAUUCUUCUUUUCCAGUCUUUUCAUUUCUUCACGCCCUCCCUCGAUAACUCCCUCUCUUAAUUUAUCUUUUCAUUUCUUCACACCUCCCUCGAUAACUCCCCUCUUAAUUUGUAUCUUUUCCAGAUCUUUUCAUUUCUUCACGCCCCUCCUCGAUAACUCCUCUCUUAAUUUAUCUUUCAUUUCUUCACGCCUCCCCGACAACUCCUCUCAUAAUUUGUCUUCUUUUUUCCAGAUCUUUUCAUGUUUAACGCCCUCCUUUAUAAUAACUCCCUCUCAUAAUUUAUCUUUUCAUUUCUUCACGCCCUCCUCGAUAACUCCCUCUCUUAAUUUAUCUUUUCAUUUCUUCACGCCCUCCUUCUAUAACUCCUCUCAUAAUUUGUAUCUUCUUUCCAGAUCUUUCAUUUCUUCACCCUCCUCGAUAACUCCCUCUCUUAAUUUAUCUUUUCAUUUCUUCACGCCCUCCUCUAUAACUCCCUCUCAUAAUUUGUAUCUUCUUUCCAGAUCUUUUUCAUUUCUUCACGCCCUCCUCUGCUCCCUCUCUAAUUUGUAUCUUCUUUCCAGAUCUUUUCAUUUCUUCCGCCCUCCUCCUAUAACUCCCUCUCUUAAUUUUUAUCUUCUUUCCAGAUCUUUUCCAUUUCUUCACGCCCUCCCUCUAUAA